AUGGAGUUUUUUUUAUUUAAAAGCAAUGCUAUGGACAUUAUAUUGCAGCCUGCCCCUGCAAUUACUUAUCGCGUAAUUGGCGGAAUUUUGGAUUUUUAUUUUUUUUCCGGACCAACACCUUCUGAUGUUAUUACUCAGUACACUGAAAUUAUUGGCAGAAUAUUUUUACCACCGUAUUGGUCUUUAGAUUUCCAUUUGAGCCGAUAUGGGCAGACUUUUGAAGAUCUCAUUCAAGUUUAUAAUAGAACCAUAGAAGCUGGUAUUCCUUGGGUAUAA